GGUGGCCAAAUUGUCAGUUGGAGUAGCCUCGAUUAAGGAACACUUCGACUAAGUACGCGCGAAGAAGGAGGAGAGGGCCCGCAAGAAGUGGGAAAAGGAACAAAUGAAAGAGGAAUCAAGACGAAGAGAAGAAGAAGAGGAGGCGCGGAAAGCUGAGGAGGCAGAGAAGCGAGCAGCCAAAAAGAAGAAAAAGGAGGACAAGGCCAAGAAGGAAGCCUUGUUGAGAGCCGAAAUGAAGAAGGAUGUAACCCUUCAUGCGGCGUUGAUGAUGGGAGAAAUUAAGGAUGACUGGCUACAACAGCUGAAGACCUCGAUACUACCGGUGAUCGCUGGGAACACUAAAGACCCGAAAGACAUUAAGGGGAAUAAGAAGGUGGAGUUUGUUUCGGAGGAUGACGAGGAGUCCGACUACAGCACGGAGGGGAGCGAAACCACCGUCACACAAGAACUGAGUGAUAAGACUGGGAGAUUGUGUCUAUCCGACAAGCGUAAGAGAGAAGACGACGUGAAGAUGGAGGAUAGUCCUCCUGUGAAACUACCAGCCAAGCGUACACCAUGGCGGCAAGGCUUGAAACCAAGUGCUAUCAAUCCAAGGGUGACUAGAUCUAAGAGUAAAGCCAAGGGAUUACGUUCGGUGAUUCCAGCCAAAGAGCGCACUCCGAUGAAGACCCCGCUAUCAAAGAUGGGGAAGCAGAAGAAGACGCCUCCAACCGGCCGCUUGACUCCGCCGAGUAAGGCGCUGGCCCGGUUAAGGUAUAGAGACACCAUCAUCAAAGAAAUCAAAGAUUGUAACGCCGACGAGCUGCGGCGCAUGUGCAGGGAAGAGGGCUUACAUUACGAAGGUAAGCUAGACGCGAUCUUCGAUUUGGCCGAGCACCAAGCCAAACAGCAUUUCGGACGAGAAGAAGACCCCGGAAUAGAAGUCGUGAGGCUGGCGGAUCUAGGUGAUACCGAAGCAAGCGUCUCCGAGGAAACUGCUGGGUGAUGUGGUAUCGCCCCGGCACGCUGCAGGGAAAUAUGCAGGUUUGGAUUUCUCGAGCGUGAACGGGCAUGUUAAGGUCAG